GAAGCUGUCAUCGGGGCCGCAGUAUAUAAGCGGCGCGCAGGCGGCGCCGCGGCCUUUCAGCGGAGGACGGCGGGGAGGACGCCAUGGGGCGGCGGCCGGCGCGGUGUUACAGAUACUGCAAAAAUAAACCCUACCCCAAAUCACGCUUCUGCCGGGGGGUGCCAGACCCCAAAAUCCGCAUUUUUGACCUGGGCCGGAAGAAGGCGAAGGUGGACGAGUUCCCGUUGUGCGGCCAUAUGGUGUCUGAUGAGUACGAGCAGCUCAGCUCCGAGGCGCUGGAGGCGGCGCGGAUCUGCGCCAAUAAGUACAUGGUGAAGAGCUGCGGGAAGGACGGCUUCCACAUCCGGGUCCGCCUGCAUCCCUUCCACGUGAUCCGCAUCAACAAAAUGCUGUCCUGCGCCGGAGCCGACAGGUGGG